CACGGAGGCUUGGCGAACCCGUCGUACCCAGAUAUCUGGCCACCUACUGUACAGUACACAGAUCAUCCCUCACCCGAAGCGAUAGCAGAGCAGAUCCAUGCCAACCAGCAUCCCACACAAAUGGCUACCCCGUACAAACCUCUCAACCCUAAAGUGAUCAGACCCAACUGGCCUUUCCUCCUCGCUACCCUACGUCUCGCUGUCUCUAUCGGCCUCACUGGAUACACUUCAACUCAUGCUCAAGACAUCCGCAUAAAGAUUGCACAAGAAUGCGCCCCGUUCGCCUCUGGAGUCGCCGACUUUACAAUAUUCAUCUCCGCAGUCGCCUCAAUGGCGUUGAUGAAUUCUGCGCCAUACGAAAGAUGGCCUGCCCUUCAAUACGCUGCUGCUUUUGUCAUACUCUGGCUUCUCGUGGUGGCGAUCUUUACAUUCGUCUUUCAACUGGUCUCCGUUCCGAUGGCCCUAUAUGAGAACUUUGAAUGCGUCUGGAGCAGCGGUUGGAUCAGAGGGUUCGCCAUCAUAUUCGCCCUCAUCAACGGACCUCUUGUACUGAUGCUGGCUCUCGACGUGGGGGCCAAGUUGUGGAAAGUCUUGAGAUGGUUUGCAAGGCAAUCUAUCAUUGUCACUGAAGCGAAGAGGGAAGACAGUUCGGAAACUCAUCAGCCGAUAUGCGUCUGCGUUGAGACUGAUAUAAAAAGUACGGAUCCUCUCAUCGAUGUAUAAUACACCCCAAGGCGCCUAUAGUAGGAAUCAGAUAUCAGAUAUCAGAUAGCAGAUAGCAGACAUGACAGAGCAUCCUGUACCUGUACUAGAGUACGCCUAUGACAGCACAAUAUACCACACUGAUUGUGUCAAGGCUCUCAAUUCUGUCCCUGCCGAGUCAGCCGAUCUCAUCAUCUGUGACCCGCCUUACAACUUUGGGAAGGACUUUGGUAACGAUAGCGAUAAGAGGAAGGAGGACGACUAUCUCGCUUGGUGCGAAG